UUUAGAAGCAAUUUGGAUUCGGGGAUCAGAUCCGUGAUCCAUUUAAUCAGGAUGGAAACGAUUCAGAUCCAUGAUACAUUGACCUGCUUGACAAGGACCGCUGGUUGGUGGCCCUUACCUGAUCACACCGUCGGAAGGAGAAUUGGCAUAAAGAAAUCUCUCUGCUCCUUAACUACCUCAUAUUCCUUCCCCCUUUUCCUCCUGAUCUAUUAAAAAAAUCCACAAAACCCAACAAAGAAAGAGGGAAAAAAACAAAAAAGCGAGUGAAAGAAAGAAAAAGUGGGAGGUGUCUGGUAUUUAAAGCCGCGUCUCUCACCAGACUCCUGCCUGCCUGGGGGAAAGAUCUUCUCUCUUUUAUUUUCUCCUGUUUCUUGCCUUUCCUUCCAAGUUGAGAGGGAGAAGAGGAGCAGUGGACCACCAGCAACAGCAGUAUCACCUCACCGUGGAGAUUGAUUGAUUAUGAUCUCACGGGGCUUCCAUGGAAGAAAAUGAUGCUUCGCAUGCUUCCUUUUCUAAUUAAUAAAGCGUCCAUUUCUGAAACGGAACGUGGGCUCUGUGUCAAACGACUAGCGUCUCAUUCUAAAGUUGAUGAGAAGGCAAGAUGGUGACGCAGGAGAGCACAAUGUUGGUUUCUCUGUUCCUGCUGAGAUAACCCAGGCGGUGAAGGCGUUGAUCGAUCUUCUUCUUGAGGAGGCAGAACCCACGAGAAGGAGUUCAUUCUUCUGCUGCGAGGAAAUGGAGGCGGAGAGGAGAAGCAGCAGAAAGUGGAAAGUUCUGAGAGGGAAACUCAAACUCAGAGGAAUCGGCUGCUGCGGUAGCUCCUGGAGCUCCGCGGCUUUAGACGGGGACGACAUGGCGGUGGCUGAAGGAGAAGAAGAAGCAGAAGCGCGAGAUGUAUGUACUCCGCAUCACCAUGACACAGAAAUGGAGAGAACAGAAUCUAUAGAAGAAGAAGAACCACCACGAGUAGAAGAACAAGAUCAAGAAGAAGAAGAAGAAUCACCAAGAGAAGAAGAAGAAGAAGAAAACCAGAACUUCGAGAGAAGCCGGACAGGGACAACAGAAAACGAGACAACAGAGGCAGCAUCCAUGAUAAGGAGAGAGGCGACCAUGAAUCUGGCCGCGGCGUUAGCAGCAGAGCGGCAUCUGAGGGCCGCUCAAGAUUGUGAGCAGACGGAAAGCAUGCAGCAGCCGUUUCGAGUGUCAUUAAUGGCGUUGCUCGAGCAAGAACACGAAGGUGGGAACGGCAACGACAAUAACAACAAGAAUAAGAAGAAGGGGGGACGGGGAGCGGAAGAAUCGCCUGGUGCAGGCUGCUGCUCCUGCUGCUGCGUCUGUAUGUCGAGAGAGAAGGGCGCUGCCUUCAUUCCGUGCGGCCACACAUUUUGUCGAGCGUGCAGCAGGGAACUGUGGCUUAACCGUGGAUCUUGUCCCCUCUGCAAUCGCCAAAUUCUGGAGAUCCUCGACAUCUUCUGAAGGAAGGAGGAGGAAUAAUGAAGGAAGGCGGAGGAAGAAGAAGAGGCUCCUCCUCUCUCUGUUAUCUUCUUCCUUUUCCCUUGUAUUUUUUUUCUCUUCCUUUCUUUUAUCUUAUAAAAAUUGUUCUUGAAACGUUUGCCAACGCAUGGCUUGAAUAAGAAGGCAAGAAAACGGCA